AUGAGUUCGAAAUUCGUUGCCUUGUGCGCGCUCCUUCAUGGGCUCUCCGCCGCUGAACUUGCAGUACUGCCUGCCUGUCCAACUGUCACCAUCGGUGAAGACACCAUCGUCGGCACGAUUGAAAGAGUUUCGAACCAACCGGCUAUCACCGGUGUAGCCAAUGCCUUCCUCGGAGUGACCUUCGCAAGCCCCCCUGCUCAGCCACCGGCUUGUCUACAGCAGAAGAGCGCCCCGGACCCGAACAGCCCUCUUGGUACAUUUUACCCCUGCGACCCAGUGGCACCGUUGACCACUAUGUCUGAGGAUUGUCUAUACCUCAACAUGUAUGCGCCCCAGAGCGCCAGUCCGACCAACCUAAAGUCAGUAAUGUUCAGGAUUUACGGGGGCAAUUUGGACACGGGCGGUGUAUCGUUGCCCGUCUACAACGCGAGCAGCUUAGCUGUCAAUCAUGAUAUCGUCGUGGUGGCCGCCAAUUAUCGCCUGAACAUAUUCGGCUUCUCGAACUCCCCAGACAUCCCUUUCAAUCAGCAAAAUUCGGGAUUCCUUGAUCAGCGAUUUGCUCUGAAAUGGGUUCAUGACAAUAUCCGAUCUUUCGGGGGCGAUCCUGCAAAUAUUACUAUUGCUGGCGAGUCGGCGGGAGGCUGGUCAGUCAAGCAAUUGCUGGCGCAACCACCACAGCCCCUGCCCUUCCGUGCAGCCAUCAUGCAAAGUGCAGGUCAAGCUUCAGUCGGCAGCGCCGCUGUGAACUACGCCAAAGUGAUGAAACAUUUCGGCUGUACCGACCUCACCUGUAUACGGGCCGUAAACGGCACUGCCAUCCAAUCCUAUGUCGACGCAAACACACUUCUUUUUGGCCCAGUUGAAGACGAGACCUGUAUGGGCGAUAAAACACUUGCGAGCAUUGUAUCCGGCCAAUUCGCCCGCGUUCCUAUAUUCAUUGGUACCAAUGCAAACGAGAUCCGAUUACUUACGGCGACUUUCGACAGGAACGUCAACUCGGAGACGAGCUUCUUUGAGAAAUUUGGCAUAGAUCUCGAUUUAGACGGCAAAUUGCUUGCAAACGUCUACGGCGGAGUUCCUGGUGACUGGCCUCUGGAAGUCAUGGAUCAAAUUGCAACCGACUUUGUCUUCACCUGCCCCGCCCAGAGCUUAUCCUCCACCAUCGCCCGCGCCGGCCGCCAGCCGGUCUGGCGCUACUUCUACAAAGGCGACUUCCCCAAUCUCCGCAUCUUCCCACAAUCCGGCGCCUAUCAUACCUCGGAGAUUCCGUCCGUCUUCGGUACCUAUGCAUUACAGAACCCGCGCGGCCCGGCUACCCCGGCGCAGAUCAAAUUGAGCGCCGUCAUGCAGCAAAUCUGGGCCGGCUUCGUGCGCGACCCUUCUGCCGGCCCGGGCUGGCCGCGUUUGCAGAGUACAUUGGACGGCCGUGAGCUUGGUGUCUUCAGCGGCCCUGAGUGCCCAGACGGAGUAGCGGUUGAACCUCUUGUGAAGACCAAUUCCCCUUGUCUGGUCAUAGAUCCAAUGUUGGCGGUGGCAGGACUGGCGUGGUAA